AGAACAGGUCUCAGACGCCAGAGUCCAAGCGUGUGUAAGAAACUUCUCAGAAAUGUCCCUCAAAGGGAUGCUCCCUAUUCUCAUUCCAUCCUUCUCUAAAGUAUGGAGUGCAAACAAAGUUAACUUAGACCCCUCCCUUCUCUUUCUUACAUGACACUUCCAUUAAUAUCUCAAGCUCCAUCUUCCGCUUGUUUGGUUAAUAACUCCAACGCUUGCAGAGCCUCCAAGUUAAUUAAGGGUGAUGAUUACACUGUUCCGUCAAAUCCCCGUUUCAAUUAACAAGAAAUGUUUCAAUACCAUACAAAGUUUGCUAUUGCCCUCACAAUCUUCAUUUUCUAUUCAACAAAAGCCAAAAGCAGCCUUAACUGCCAGCGCAGUUGCGGUGAACGUUCUCUGCAGUACCCUUUUGGGUUCUCUUCUGGUUGUGAAGUCAAACUAGACUGCAUCAACAACAACCAAGUCAAAAUUGGCGAGUUAGAGGUAGAGAACGUAACCUCUGAUAGCAUAUUCGUUAGUGUUCCAGCAAAAUGUAACCGUAGUGUGAGUUUCAUAGAGCCUCUUUUCGGCCACAACUUUGCUCCCACGUGGAACAAUACCUUUCUGGUGCAGAGUUGUGGGUCCACGCUGGGUGGGUGCGUUAUUCCCACGUCGAGUUUCGUUGGCAGCAACAAUCAGUUGGAGGGGUGUGACAGAAGAAGUGAGAAUAUUAGUUGCUUCUCGGUGUUGCAGCGUCGAAGAUGGCGGGAAGAUGUUAUCACGCGCCUAGACUGGGAGAAGAUUGGGUGCAAGUUCUUGUUCUCUGCUAUUGCACGUCAUGAGAGUAAAGUGAAAGAGAUUUUGCUUCAGUUUCAGGUGGUUGAGUUGGGGUGGUGGCUUCAAGGGCCGUGUCAAUGCUCCCAUAAUGCAAAUUGUGCAAAGGUUCAUCUUGGUAGCGGAAAACAAGGUUUCCGGUGCCGGUGCGAUGAUGGUUUCGUUGGAGAUGGAUUCGUCAAGGGCAACGGUUGCCGGAGAGUUUCUCAAUGCACUGCCUCAAAACUAUGGUCUCACGGAUGCCGAAAAGCGAUCAAAAUUGGCGUCCUUGUUGGAGGGAUCAUUGUUGCAGCUAUCGUGGUUGCUAUUCUAUCUCUUCCAUGUUACUUUGCCAAGCGUCGUUCCUCUUUGCUUAGAAAACAAGUGACAGUAAAGCGCCUAUUACAAGAAGCUGCAGGAAACUCUAGUGUUCCUCUAUAUCCCUACAGAGAAAUAGAAAAAGCCACAAAUUUUUUCUCUGAAAAACAUAGGCUGGGAACUGGUGCUUUUGGCACAGUCUAUGCUGGAAACCUUCACAAUAAUGAGUGUGUUGCUAUAAAAAAGAUCAAGUAUAGAGACACCAACAGUGUUGACCAAGUCAUGAACGAGAUCAAACUCCUAUCUUCAGUGAGUCAUCCAAAUUUAGUGCGCCUCUUAGGGUGCUGCAUAGAAGGGGGAGAGCAGAUACUUGUUUAUGAGUACAUGCCAAAUGGAACCCUAUCUCAACAUUUGCAAAGAGAGAGAGGUGGAGUGCUUCCGUGGACAAUAAGACUCACCAUUGCUACCGAGACUGCUAAUGCUAUAGCAUAUCUCCAUUCUGCAAUUGACCCUCCAAUUUAUCACAGAGACAUAAAAUCCAGUAACAUACUCUUGGACUAUAGUUUUCAAUCAAAAGUAGCUGAUUUUGGACUUUCUAGGCUUGGCAUGACAGAAACAUCACAUAUCUCAACUGCUCCACAAGGGACCCCAGGCUAUGUUGAUCCCCAAUACCACCAAAACUUCCACCUUUCUGAUAAAAGUGAUGUCUACAGUUUUGGGGUGGUUUUGAUAGAGAUAAUAACAGCAAUGAAAGUGGUUGAUUUCGGUCGGCCUCAAAGUGAGAUUAAUUUGGCUGCACUUGCUGUUGAUAGGAUUAGGAGGGGUUGUGUAGAUGACAUCAUAGAUCCCUUCCUUGAACCACAUAGGGAUGCUUGGACCCUCUAUUCUGUUCACAAGGUGGCUGAGCUUGCAUUUAGAUGCCUUGCUUUUCAUAGUGACAUGAGGCCUACUAUGACUGAAGUAGCUGAGGAGCUAGAACACAUAAGACGCAGUGGAUGGGCAACUAUGGAGGAAACUAUAUGCAUGGCUUCAUCUGUUGGGUCCGCGUGUUCAUCGCCUCGUAAUGGAAGUGAGAAUUCACUAAGUUGUGUUAGUUUUGAGAGAGUUGCAGGACAAGAGAACCCCACGUUGAUUAUUUCUCGGAAGACUGAUAAAUUUUUGCAAUCAAUAGAGGAGGUGAAGGAUAGCUCCCCUGUAUCCGUGCAUGAUACUUGGCUAAGUGGAACUAGCUCACAUUCAACAAAUAGCUUGUUGGAAAAUGUAGUUCAGUGACAUGUAUACUUAGUUUGGGUGGAAAACCUGUUAUUUGAAUGGCAAGGCAUUUAGCAUUUUUCUUUUUAUCUUUUGCAGUUGUUGUCAAUAGCUAUUUUGAUGUAUGAUUUGCAUCAGGAUUCUUGUUUCAUUCUCCUCUCUGAAUCGUACAAACAAUGCCCAAGGCAAUAUGUUCGAUCAAUCCUAAGUAAUCAAUAUACAGACUUCACUAUUCCCUAUUCAUAC